UCUCUUGUGCACAAGAACUACGAACCACAGCCUUGACUGAGAAAGCCCUGGAGUGUAUCGUUCCUAAAAGUAUUAAAAUGCAGCCAAAAAUGCAAUUCCUUUUAAUGAUGUCACUGGGGAUGAAACGCACCACAAGGUCAAGAAACUCUAGACACUUUAUAAAUUUCAACAGAUGAAGCAAUUACAGUAAUUUCUCCUCAGACUCAGCACCUCAUUUUUCAGCAUCCUUUCACCAAACCUUGCAAAACAAGCACAAUGCGUGAUGUUUAAAUCAAAGGGCAAUUAUCAUUCCAUUUUUUUUUCUGUUGUAAAAUGCUUCACGAAUUCUUAACUGGUUAUUCCGUGGUCGGCUUAUAUGAUAAUUGAGGCUGCGCUUUUGUGCUCAACCGCAUGGUGGCAACAUGUGCUGCGCCUGCUCCAACAUCAAAGCCAAACGUUUCCUCAUAAAGAACUCACGACUCGCGCAGACCCGACGCACACCGGCAGCCGGUCUCUCCUCCUCCUGCUACUCCUCCUCCUCUUCCACAGGCUGUGGCAGUGGCCGUGACUGUGGGGCUGCAUGCGAGUUUGUACUCUCUCCUCCUUGGACGGUUCAACUUCCUGCCAGUGCUUCUGACAAACUAAAGCGCCGACCUUGGCUGUGCGCGCUGCUGUGUGGAGUAACUUUACCGGCGUGUGGAUGUCUGUGCGCAUUUCUCUCUCUCUCUUUUAGAACAGUAAAGACAGAGAAGAAAGUGUGUUCGCUGUAAGUGGGGGAGUCUGUGACUAAUGAGGCUGAAGUUAUGCGGAGGAGAGCGGAGGACCAGUAGAGCAUCUCAAGGACGCACGAAGUGAGGAUGAGAGAAAGUACACGGAGCAGCCCAUCUUCUUACAACCGCGGAUGAGAGGGCUGUGUUUGAACUUCUGCUAGAUUUGUGUCAGUGACUUAACCCGAGAUUCCCAUUCAGACUGCUUUCACACUUACUGGGGGAUGUGUCUUGCAACGCGCGUGGAUGCGGAGCGAAUCUGAACUGCGCUCUUUAGACACACGCUUGAAUAGAGAAGGCUGUUAUAAUCAUAUUCGUUUCACCUCAUCCCAGCGCUCGCAGGUCGGUGCCCUCUGCCCGUCUUGAGCGGCUCUAGUGACUCGUGUCCAAACACAGAGACCCACCGGGAGACACUCGCCAGGGGAACCGGAGCUCGGGACGCCGGAGCAGGACACGGGCUGAUCGGACACUUGUUGUCCGCCGUGCACGGGUUUGGAACCAUGCUGGACCCUUGGAACAGAUCGAUGUGGCGCGCCACAUGGAUUUUAUUUCUCCCCUUCCUCAUCCACUUCACGCAAGCUCAAGAUGAUGUCCCUCCGUACUUUAAGACUGAGCCAGUGCGCAGUCAACUCCACCUGGAACGCAACAGGCUGGUGCUGACCUGCAUGGCUGAGGGCAGCUGGCCCCUGGAGUUCAAGUGGAUCCACAACAACACAGAAUUAACACGCUUCUCACUGGAGUACAGGUACUUAAUCCCUUCCCUGGAUCGUUCCCAUGCUGGCUUUUACCGCUGCAUCGUCAGAAAUCGAGUUGGGGCCCUCCUACAGAGACGCACAGAAGUACAGGUGGCCUUCAUGGGUAGUUUUGAGGAAGGUGAACGUGCCCAGUCCAUCUCUCAGGGAGAGGGGGCGGUAAUCACUGCACCACGUAUCCGCAGUUUCCCACAACCACAAGUCACCUGGUACAGAGAUGGACGCAAGAUUCCACCCAGCAGCCGCAUUGCCAUCACACUGGACAACACACUGGUUAUCCUGUCUACUGUGGCCCCAGAUGCCGGACGUUACUAUGUCCAAGCUGUAAAUGACAAGAACGGAGAGAACAAGACAAGCCAGCCCAUCACCUUGUCAGUAGAGAAUGUCGGUGGUCCUGCCGACCCAAUUGCUCCAACCAUCGUCAUCCCUCCAAGGAACACGAGUGUGGUCUCAGGCACCUCAGAGGUCACAAUGGAGUGUGUGGCCAAUGCCAGGCCUCUCAUCAAGCUGAGCAUCUCCUGGCGUAAAAAUGGUCUGUUGGUGAACAGCGGUCUUAGCGAUUUCAACCGCAGGCUGACCAUCCUCAGUCCUGUGGUGAGUGACUCUGGAUACUACGAGUGUGAGGCCAUUCUCCGCAGCAGCAGUGUGCCUUCAGUCAGCGCCUCGGCUUAUCUGCAUGUACUGGAGCCGCCAGUGUUUAUAAAGGAACCAGACAAACACAUUACAGCCGAGAUGGAGAAGGUGGUGGACAUCCCCUGUCAGGCACGAGGAGUGCCUCAGCCUGACAUCGUCUGGUACAAGGAUGCUUUGCCCAUCGACCCAGUGAAGACACCCAGGUACAGGGUGCUGCUGGGAGGCAGCCUGCAGGUCAACGGCCUCCUGCCUGAUGACACUGGGAUGUUCCAGUGCUUUGCCAGAAAUCCAGCAGGAGAAGUUCAGACCAACACAUAUCUGGCUGUUACCAGCAUAGCCCCGAACAUCACAGCCGGACCCUCUGACAGCACAGUGAUUGACGGAAUGUCCAUCAUCCUCCACUGUGAGACCUCUGGGGCCCCAAGGCCGGCUAUCACAUGGCAGAAAGGUGAGCAUGUUUUGGCCAGUGGCUCUGUCCAGCUGCCCAGGUUCACCCUCCUGGAAUCAGGCAGCCUGCUCAUCUCGCCCUCACAUAUCUCUGAUGCCGGAACGUACACGUGCAUGGCGAGCAACUCCAGAGGCAUUGACGAGGCGUCCGCUGACCUGGUGGUCUGGGCUCGUACAAGGAUUACCACCCCUCCCCAGGACCAGAGUGUUAUCAAAGGAACUAAAGCGAUCAUGACUUGCGGAGUCACACAUGACCCUAGUGUAACUGUCAGACAUGUCUGGGAUAAGGAUGGCAUCGUGAUCAACGUGCAGUCUAUUCCUCGCAUGCGGAUGGAUGCAGAUGGUACCCUCCAUAUCUCCCAGACCUGGUCCGGUGACAUAGGCACAUACACAUGCAGAGUCACCUCUGUUGGUGGAAACGACUCCCGUAGUGCACAUCUCCGUGUCAGGCAGCUGCCCCAUGCCCUGGAAAACCCCAAAGCUAUGCUGAGCACAUCUGAAAAAAGAGCCAUCGACCUGGUCUGGGCCAAACCUUUUGACGGCAACAGUCCACUCAUACGCUACAUCCUGGAGGUGUCUGAGAACAAUGCUCCCUGGGCCAUCCUGCUGGCCAGUAUUGAGCCGGAGUCCACGGCAGUGACGGUCAAUGGUUUGAUCCCGGCACGCUCCUAUCAGUUCCGCCUCUGUGCCGUUAAUGAUGUGGGCAAGGGGCAGUUCAGCAAGGAGACAGAGCGUGUCACUCUACCAGAGGAGCCACCGAGUGCUGCCCCUCAGAAUGUCAUCGCUAGUGGGCGAACCAACCAGUCCAUCAUGAUCCAGUGGCAGCCUCCACCUGAAAGCCACCAAAAUGGCAUCCUGAGAGGUUACAUGAUCCGGUACCGUCUCACUGGUUUACCAGUCGACUACCAACAUAAAAAUAUCACCAGCCCAGAUGUGACCAACCUGCUGCUGGAGGAUCUAAUUAUCUGGACUAACUAUGAGAUCGAGGUGGCUGCCUACAAUGGAGCAGGUCUGGGUACAUUCAGCCACAAGGUCACUGAGUGGACCCUGCAAGGAGUUCCCACCAUUGCCCCCGGAAACGUUCAGGCCGAGUCAGUCAACUCCACAACUAUUCGCUUCAUGUGGACAGCUCCUAACCCUCAGUUCAUCAAUGGCAUCAACCAGGGCUACAAGUUGAUGGCUUGGGAGCCCAGCAGAGAGGACCAGGUUACUAUGGUAACAGUGCGACCUAACUUCCAGGAUAGCGUCCAUGUAGGAUACGUGACAGGUCUGAAGAAGUUCACUGAGUAUUACACCUCGGUGCUGUGUUUCACUACGCCUGGAGACGGCCCCCGCAGCCCGCCCAAAGCUUUGAGGACACACGAGGACACUCCUGGACCAGUGGGUCACCUGAGUUUUACCGAGAUUCUAGACACUUCCCUCAAAGUCAGCUGGAGUGAUCCCAGUGAGAAGAAUGGAAUCCUCACAGGUUAUCGUAUUUCAUGGGAGGAAUUCAAUCGCACUAACACCAGAGUCACUCACUACCUACCCAACGUCACCUUAGAUUAUAGAGUCACAGGACUCACUGCUCUCACCACCUACACCAUUGAAGUGGCAGGCAUGACCUCCAAAGGCCAGGGCCAGCUGUCAUCAUCAACCAUCUCCUCUGGUGUCCCACCAGAACUCCCUGGUCCUCCUACCAACAUGGCUAUUACCAACAUCGGCCCACGUUCUGUCAUCCUGCAGUUCAAACCUGGCUAUGACGGCAAGACCUCCAUAUCGCGAUGGCAGGUGGAGGCUCAGGUUGGUGUUGUAGGAGAAAACGAGGACUGGGUGAUGGUCCACCAGGUGACCAAUGAACCUGAAGCCCGCUCAUUAGAUGUACCUGGGCUCAACCCAUACACCUUCUACAGGUUCCGCAUGCGCCAGGUGAACAUAGUUGGAACCAGCCCUGCUAGCCAGCCUUCUAGAAGAAUCCAGACCCUCCCUGCUCCUCCUGACAUGGCUCCUGUCAAUGUUACUCUGCGUACUGCAAGUGAGACCAGCCUCUGGCUACGAUGGAUGCCUGUGCCUGAAUGGGAAUACAAUGGGAAUGCAGAGCAGGUGGGCUACAGAGUUCAGUACUCCCGUGUAGGGUCACAGGCCCGGGCACUGAUCCAUGUCAUUGCUGACCGUCUGGAGAGAGAAUUUACCAUAGAGGACUUGGAGGAGUGGACGGAGUAUGAAGUCAGAGUGCAGGUUGUCAACGGUAUUGGAACAGGGCCCUGGAGCCCGCCGGUCAGAGGGCGGACCAGAGAGUCUGUUCCCUCCUGUGGACCCACCAACGUGUCAGCCUUUGCCACGACCUCCAGCAGCAUCCUAGUGCGCUGGUUUGAAGUUCCAGAGCCAGACAGAAACGGUCUCAUUCUGGGCUACAAGGUGGUGUACAAAGAGAAGGACUCUGACAGCGCAGUCCGCUUCUGGACAGUGGAAGGAAACGCCACCCACAGCGUCCAGCUAACUGGUCUGGGAAAAUAUGUUCUGUUUGAGAUACAAGUUGUAGCCUUCACUCGGAUAGGAGACGGCCGGCCCAGUUCUCCACCCAUCCUGGAAAGAACUUUGGAUGAUGUGCCUGGACCUCCAGUUGGUAUCCUUUUCCCUGAGGUCCGGACCACUUCAGUUCGCCUCAUUUGGCAGUCACCCUCACAGCCCAACGGCAUCAUACUUGCCUACCAGAUCACGUACCACCUCAACUCCACCAAUAGCAACAUGGCCACAGUAGACGUGCUAAGCCCCAGCGCUCGCCAGUACACGGUGACCGGCCUGAAGCCAGAGUCCAUCUAUGUGUUCCGAAUCACAGCACAGACCCGGAAAGGUUGGGGUGAGGCUGCGGAGGCCCUGGUAGUCACUACAGAGAAAAGAGCACGUCCACAGCCGACCAGUCGACCCACGGUUCUUCAGAAGGACGUUCAGGCCCGUCAGGUUUUGUUGUCCUGGGAGCCGGGCAGUGAUGGCCUGUCCCCUGUUCGUUACUACACAGUGCAGCUUAAAGAGCUUCCUGAGAACAACUGGACUGUCCAUUCUGCAUCUGUCAACCACGAGUCAGCCUCCUACAUAGUCUCCAGGCUAAAGCCCUUCACGUCGUAUCGGUUCAGAGUUAAAGCCACCAAUGACAUAGGGGACAGUGAGUACAGCCAGGAGAGUGAGGCCAUCACCACCCUACAGGAUGCGCCCGACGAAGCCCCUGCAAUCCUUUCCGUCACUCCGCACACAACAACAUCCGUGCUGAUCCGCUGGCAGCCCCCCUCUGAGGAGAAGAUCAAUGGAAUCCUCCUUGGUUUUCGGAUCAGAUACCGUGAGCUGCUCUACGACCGUCUACGCAGCUACUCUGUUCACGCCAUCAGCAGCAUGUCCACCUGGGCUGAUCUCACUGCCCCCUACAGUAUCUGUAACCUCAGUGACUCAAGUCUGGUCCAGUAUGAGUUGGACAAGUUAAGUAAACAUAAGCGCUAUGAAAUACGCAUGAGUGUGUACAACGCCGUGGGCGAGGGCCCACUCAGCCCACCACAGGAGGUGUUUGUGGGGGAGGCAGUGCCAACAGCUCCACCUCAGAAUGUGGCCAUUCAGACUGCAACCGCCACCCAGCUGGACGUGACAUGGGAUCCACCACCCGCAAACGCACAGAACGGAGACAUUCAGGGCUACAAGGUUUACUUCUGGGAGUUUCAGCGCAAGAAUGAGACGGAGCGGCUGCGAACUUUGUUCAUGCCAGAAAGAGGGGUGAAGCUGAAGAACCUGACUGGUUACACCACCUACAUGAUCAGUGUAGCCCCCUUUAACGCUGCAGGGGAUGGACCACGAAGCCAACCAACCAGGGGCCGAACUCAGCAAGCAGCUCCAAGUGUUCCAAGCUUCAUUCACUUUAGUGAGCUGACCACCACUUCAGUCAAUGUGUCCUGGGGUGAGCCCACCUUCCCUAAUGGCAUCAUUGAAGGCUAUCGUCUCAUAUACGAGCCCUGCACACCUGUGGAGGACUCCUCAGUGGCCUGUGCCGACUGUCUUCACUCCCCCUCCCCCCCAGGCGUCAGUAAAACAGUGACGGUGGAUGUGAGGGGAAGCGGUCCUCUCUGGUUGAAGCUCAGAGACCUCUCUGACGGCAUCACGUAUAAUUUUCGCAUCCGGGCGAAGACCUUCAUCUAUGGGCCUGAAGUGGAGGCUAACAUCACAACAGGCCCUGGAGAAGGAGCCCCUGGGCCUCCUGGAGAGCCUUUCAUCACUCGCCAUGGUUCAGCCCUCACCAUCCACUGGACCAGUGGAGAUCCAGGACGUGCGCCAAUCACACGUUAUGUCAUCGAAGCCAGACCUUCAGAUGAGGGACUGUGGGAUAUUUUGAUCAAGGACAUUCCCAAGGAAGCAACGUUGCAUACGUUCAGUAUGGACAUCCUGAAGCAAGGAGUCAGUUAUGAUUUUCGUGUAAUUGGAGUGAACGACUACGGCUAUGGAGCUCCAAGUCUUCCCUCUCCAUCUAUAUCUGCUCAAAAAGUGGCACCUUUCUAUGAGGAGUGGUGGUUCCUGGUGGUGGUGGCUUUGGUCGGGCUCAUCUUCAUUCUACUGCUGGUCUUUAUCCUUAUCAUUAGGGGGCAGAGCAAAAAAUAUGCCAAGAAGUCUGAAUCAGGAAACAACUGCAAUGCCUUGACCCACGGGGACAUGGUCAGCUUGGAUGAGGGACGUUUCCCAGCUCUGGAGCUAAACAACAGACGGCUGUCUGUGAAAAACUCCUUCUGCCGAAAGAAUGGCGUCUAUACCAGAUCUCCCCCCAGACCCAGUCCUGGCAGUCUUCACUAUUCUGACGAAGAUGUCAGCACAAAAUACAACGACCUGAUCCCAGCAGAGAACAGCAGCCUGACUGAGAAACCCUCAGAGAUCUCAGACUCACAGGAGGCGCUGGUGUUUUCAUAUGGAACAGGUGGCCUACAUACACUUCCACUGCAUUUGGGAAGUGACAGUGAGUAUGAGGUGGACCCCAACCGUCAGAAAACCCACUCCUUCGUCAACCACUAUAUCAGCGACCCCACCUAUUACAACUCUUGGCGUCGCCAACAGAAAGGCAUAUCACGGGUGCAGGCCUACAGCUACACAGAGUCUGAGUCUGGGGAUCCUGAUCACUGCUCUCCACCUCCUCUGCCUCCUUUACCUCCACUGCCACCCCAGCUCAGUUCACCUAGUCCACAGCCUCAACAGGCUCAGGGCCAGCCCCAGGGUCAGGGCAGCCUCUUUAGGCCAAAAGGUAGCAGGACUCCCACACCCUCUCAGCAGAGCUCCAACCCCUCAAGCCAACACAACACCCUCUACAGGCCCCCCAGCAGUCUAGCCCCAGGAUCACGGGCCCCCAUUGCUGGCUUUUCUUCGUUUGUGUAAAGAAAUGUUGAGAAGAACAUUAUCCACUCAACUUUUCGUAAAGGAGAACAAAACAUCGUCAAACUUGCGGUCAGCCAAAUCAUUUAGGACAUUCUUUUCUUACUUCUUAUAAUUUCAGAUUAUUUUUUUCCUAUUUAACCAGAAUACACGUGGAAAACUGCAGUACAAGACCUUGAUAUUUUAAAGACAUUUUUGAGUAAUAAGUGGAAUUAGUGUGCUAAUGUACGAUUUCAUUUUUUUCAUCCUAUCAUCAAAUACUCUGAAACAUCUAUUCAAUUUUAUUUUUUCUAUUUGCAUGACUCUGACUUCUUUUUACUUUUGCAGUUUCAAUUAAACCACAUUGAAACUGCAAUCUUUUCAGUUCUGUACAAAGUCACAGGCAUUUUAAAAACACACACACACAUGAAUAUACUUAUAAAUAUAUAUAUAUAUAUAUAUAUAUAGCAGAUAUACCUAUGAGACAAAAUCAUAUUGAUGCACAAUUUGCAUUAAUGGAGACUGAGAUGAUGGAGCCAUAAUGUGAACGUGAAAAGGACGUUUGGACGCCUGGGUGUAAAGCAGAAGAGGAAAGAAAUGACUGACGUGGAUGUAGAUCAAAUUUUGAUUCAAUAAAUUGCAUUGAGCUGGCUGAGUGUCAAGUGGGCAUCAGUGAUACAAUCUUGUGUUUCCACUAACUACUCUCUGGCCAGGCAGCACAGUUGUUCUUGGUGAGUCAAAAGUGACUGCACUGAGGCCGAGGAGUCCUGUGGAUAUAUAUAAAAAGAAUCUCUGUCUGUUGAAGUAAUUUUAGUCUUUAAAUCUUUUUUGUGAGUGUAUUUCAGAAAAUCAAAGAUGCCUUGAAAGAGAAGUAUUUAUGAUAACCCCAGCACCAAUUGUGACUGAACUACCUACUGUAUGGUGCUCUUGACUGUGGCAUCAUAACGGCUGGCCUGGAACUCCACACAACGGGGGCUGUCUUUUACUCCUGGCUGAUGUGGGCUGUGAAACCAUUUACUCAUUCUUUUCACCUGUGGCUGGCUCACAUACUUAAACAGUGGUCUCGUACUGCACGUCUACUGAAGGUACUUUUAAGACCGUCUUUCGGACUCUUUACUAUUGGCACUUUUGCUCGUUCAGCCCAGACUUGAGCAGUGUGAUUCUGAUUCUGACAUUCUGAUACAAAAAGGAUUAUCCUCGUCUCCCCUCCCUGUGAUAUUACCUGUCCGUUAUUGAUCGCUAUCAAGGGGCAACGCUCAGCCUGCACCAAGAGGAUGUCAUUCGAUUACUUCACCUCUUUAUUGUUUUGUUUUUGUGUGUGUGUAAAAUCAACUACUCUGAACUAUCAUGGUGUGACUGUGCUAUCCCAGACAUUGUAGUGUGUGCAUCUAUAUGAGUGUCAAAUCACGUUUUGUGUGUAAGCUUUACAGAUCACACACUUGUGUCUGGUUGUAAAGAUUCUGUCCUGCAGGAAGUGCAAUACCUGCUAGGUAUUAGCCACAGAAGGCUAUCACUGUCCAGCCAUCUGCCAGGUGCAGUCACAUCACUUUAGUGAAACCUCAGUGGUGUGUUUCUAAUUUCCAUAGUUUUCAAAAAAGAAAAAAAAAACAACUUUUUUCUCUGUGGGGUGAUUUCAUUGUACACAACAAAAAGCGUAUCAUGCAGAAACUGAAUGAAUAUAUGGUCACAGUAUGUUUCUGAAAUAAAUUAUUUUUCAAUGUUAAAUAUUUUAAUGGUCCUUUUGCACAUAAAAUAAAAAGAACAUGGAGAGCCUGAGUGCAAGAAAUACUGGGGUAAGAGUACUUAACGGACAAGAGGGAAGAGGCUGUCGCUAAUGAAGACUAAAGAUAAAUUCAACAAAAGCUCAAUAGCUGUAGAAAUAAUAGCCACAUUGGCUUCACCCAAUUCUUUUCACUACUGUUUAAAAUUGACAUAUAUGUAUCUACAUGGCCUUCACAGCACCAGUCUUUUGAGAUUCAUGAAAAUAUACUACCAAGCAAAGCCCUCUUUACUGCAGCUCUUGU